ACUCCAUUCACAUACUCGAUCAUAACACACCAACACAUUCAAGUACCGCUCCACCGUUCUCAAACUCCAUCUAUUGCGUCUUUGUUUUUUUUUUUUGGUUCGUUCAUCAUAUUCACCAAACAGGAGGGAGGAUCAAAAUGAAGCAAAAGCUAGUGAUCAAAAUGUCCUUGAAUGGACAGAAGUCUCGUUCCAAAGCCAUGAAGAUAGUAGUGGGUAUUUCAGGAGUGGAGUCAGCAGCUUUACAGGGUGCGGACAAGAACCAGAUAGAGGUAACCGGGGAUGGGGUGGACGCGGUUGAGCUGACGACGGCGCUGAGAAAGAGCAAGAGCGUGGGGUAUGCGGAGCUGGUAAGCGUCACUGCAGUUGGUGAGAAGAAGCCGGAAGAGAAGCAAAAUGAGGUGCAGCCUCCCCUGAUUUGGACCACUUCUUACCAAUACCCGCCUUACCAAAUGGUUUAUCAAUACCCCAACCAAGACCCCAAUUGCUCUAUUAUGUGAUUAAUUGUUUGUAAUGAAGAGCAAUUUGUGUUGCUUUUUAGAGGAUUUUGUAUUUAUAGGAGGAGAUCGAGGAGGGAAUAAUACCACCUGAUGAUGCUUAUUUGGGACAUAUAUAUAUACUGUUUUUUUUGGCAGAAACAAACUAAGUUCGA